CGAUCUCGUUGUAACCUCAACGUGGUCGAGCUUCAUCUGCCAUUGCGUCGUUUGUUUUUGCUGAGUCCUUAAAUUCAGUAAAGAGUCCCUACACACUUCAAGAUGGGUAGGGAGGACAAAGCCACCUGGAAAUCAAACUACUUCCUUAAACUUGUUUCACUCUUGGAAGACUAUCCAAAAUGUUUCAUCGUGGGCGCAGACAAUGUCGGCUCGAAACAAAUGCAACAAAUUCGUAUUUCCCUUCGUGGCACUGCUGUGGUCCUCAUGGGGAAAAAUACCAUGAUGCGUAAAGCAAUCAAAGGUCACCUUGAGAGAAACCCAGCAUUGGAAAAAAUUUUGCCCCACAUCAAGGGAAAUGUAGGAUUUGUCUUCACUAGAGAAGAACUAGUUGAGAUCAGAGAUAAACUUUUGGAAAACAAAGUACGUGCCCCAGCCCGUGCUGGUGCCAUUGCUCCACUCCCAGUUGUUAUUCCUGCUCAAAACACUGGUUUGGGUCCAGAAAAAACUUCCUUCUUCCAAGCCUUAUCUAUUCCAACCAAGAUUUCUAAGGGUACUAUUGAAAUCAUCAAUGAUGUGCACAUCUUGAAACCUGGUGACAAGGUUGGAGCUUCCGAAGCCACUCUUCUCAACAUGUUGAACAUUUCUCCAUUCUCAUAUGGUUUAGUUGUUGAGCAAGUUUAUGACUCUGGUACUAUUUUCUCUCCUGAAAUUCUCGACAUCAAACCAGAAGAUCUAAUUGAAAAAUUCUUGGCUGGAGUUCAAAACUUGGCUGCUGUUUCUUUGGCUAUCAACUAUCCAACUACAGCCUCUGCUCCACACAGCAUUGCCAAUGGAUUCAAGAAUCUUUUGGCCAUUGCCGCAGCUACAGAUGUUGAAUUCAAGGAAGCAGAAACUAUUAAGGAAUAUCUCAAGAAUCCAAGCGCAUUUGCUGUUGCUGCUACCCCAGCGGCUUCUGCAGCUCCUGCUGCUGCAGCACCAGCUGCGAAGAAGGAGGAACAAAAGGAAGAGAGUGAGAGCGAGGAUGAAGACAUGGGCUUCGGUCUCUUUGAUUAAGUUUAUUUUUACAUCAUGACGAGUCAGACUGUCAAUAAAUGAAAACUUAAACCUA